GUCAAGCCUUAUUUGACGUUUUCCCGUGUCAACAGUCGGACGAGUAUUCACAGCGCCCACCGCUGAGCUACGACAAUGUCGGAGCAGGAGUCCCUGAGGUGCUCCAGUGUCAGGAACCGUGGAGGCGUACAGCGGGUGGAAGGAAAAUUGCGAGCCAGUGUAGAAAAAGGAGAUUACUAUGAAGCACACCAGAUGUAUAGGACGUUAUUUUUUAGGUACAUGUCACAGGCUAAACACAGUGAAGCCAGGGAGCUGAUGUACAAUGGUGCUCUACUCUUCUUCAGCUAUAACCAGCAAAACAGUGCAGCAGAUCUAUCCAUGCUAGUGCUUGAGGUGAUGGAGAAGUCCGAGACCAAAGUGGAAGAUGGUAUAUUAGAACACCUUGCAAAGCUGUUUAGCCUGAUGGAUCAGAACUCUCCAGAAAGAGUAGCGUUUGUGUCAAGAGCCUUGAAAUGGUCCACUGGAGGCUCUGGGAAGUUGGGUCACCCAAAGUUACACCAGUUGCUGGCUGUCACCUUGUGGAAAGAGCAAAACUACAGUGAAUCUCGUUACCACUUCUUGCAUUCGUCUGACGGGGAGGGUUGUGCGCAGAUGCUAGUGGAGUAUUCAUCAUCCCGAGGCUUCCGCAGUGAGGUUGACAUGUUUGUGGCCCAAGCAGUUUUACAGUUUCUCUGCUUAAAGAACAAAAACAGCGCUUCCGUGGUGUUUAGCACGUACACAGAGAAACACCCGUCCAUAGAGCGAGGACCUCCGUUUGUCCAGCCUCUCCUUAACUUUAUCUGGUUUCUGCUGCUGGCAGUGGAUGGGGGUAAAUUAACAGUUUUCACAGUGUUAUGUGAGCAAUAUCAACCUUCCCUGAAAAGAGACCCCAUGUAUAAUGAGUAUCUUGACAGAAUAGGACAAGUUUUCUUCGGUGUUCCCCCCAAACAGUCUCCAUCAUACGGUGGUCUGCUAGGAAACUUGCUGAACAGCCUGAUGGGAGCGGGCGAGGAUGACGACGGCGUUGAGGAGGCCCAGGAGGACAGCAGCCCCAUCGAACUGGACUGAGCCUCCAGCCAAAGGAAGCAAGGAGCAAAAGAACACACUUACACGUAAAAAAACGCAGAAAAAAAGGGGAAGACCACGCCACCAGCGCCUUCACCUCCUCGUAUAAGGUAGUGGGGUGAGGCGGCGGUUUACGUUUUUGGAGAUGUGCUAUUUAACAAACUCCUCCCUUCCGCACAAUUUAAGUCCAAACUCCCUGAACUGGAUGACAGUAAACAUUAUUUCAAUCAUUAUUUUUGUUCUGUUCAGAGUUUUACACCAACUUACAGUCUGCUGUGAGAGGAAAGUGUUUUAGAUAUGACAUCCUCUCCUUGACAGUGUUAUUACGGUCACCAUGGCGACAGUCAUGUCACUGCUGUUGUCAGCGUGUCUCUACACUCCCCCAAAAUAUGUCUUUGUAGUCGCCUCUCAGUUCCUCGUUCAUAGUAAGCGUUCAGAACCGUCGUCAUCUUGCACUUCCUGUCUCAACUGCUGGGUCACAUCUCCAAGACGAAUUUAAUGUUGUGAACUAAUAUUUGGACAUGAGGGGUAGCACUUAGUGUGUUGUGGGCUAGGAGGAGAUGCAAAAAGGAGUAAAAUGAGACGUUCUCUUGUUGCAAACGUAGUUAUUUUUUUCAUUAUUUAUGUGAAACAGUUCCUCUUGGAGAUGGGCGAAUAAUCCAUCAUUAUUUCAGCCACUUCUAAUCUCUUUUCUUUCCUUUAGUUCUUGUGUUCGGCCUUGUCAGUAACAUCAGUCAAAUUGAAUCAUGGCUUCAUUCAGUGAAAGUCUUCCAUUGUAGUUCUAUUAACUUUUGUGUGUAGACUUUUGGCCGUUAUGUAUUCAGAGGAAUUUCAACGGCAUAAACAAUACAUCAAUAUUUUGUGCUUUAUUAUUUUAUGUGAAAAAAUUUAAAUGUAGUAGGAAAUUCCAGUAAGUUUCCCAAUUUCAAACGGCUGGGCAUAGUCAGCGAAUAUAAAAUUCAGCUAUUUUAACUACAGUAUUGUAUGAGGAAAGGCGAUGCACCAUGUUCUCCUGGAGGGGUCACUCUCAUCCAUUUUUACAAGCAAAGUUAAGUGGGCCACAUAGUUUCCAAAGACUUAACAGAGCUACAAUCUUAUCAUGAGUUAUGUUCAGUGUUUUAUUUAGUUUGAAACUUUUUUGGGCAGCAAAAAGCAAAAUAUGUGUGACCAAAUGUGUGAGUCACUGCUGUUUAUUUUGUAUGUGAACAACAAGAAUGGGGGGUUGUUUUUUUGCAAUGAUACACUAACUGAAUCAAUAAACCACAACUGAGAGGAUCGAGACCGGCGUGAAACAAA